GCCGCGCCAGUCCCCGCCGCCCGGUCGGCCCGCCAGUCAAGCCCCGACCGCGCUCGCAUGCGUACACGGCCUCGCGUAGUGUCUACCGAAUGUGCUAAAUGGAACUGAACGGCGUUCAAUGUUAAAGAAACAAAGUUGCGACGACAAGGAACUUAACAUGGCGAUACAGAGUGUUUCGAGGUACCCGAGCAGCCCGGCGGAGGCCACCGAGCCUCCGAAAACCUCCAGGAUCAGCUUCAGCGUAGCCUCAAUACUGGCCGACACGAAGGCGAGCGAUGAGACGGCAGAGAUGAUCCGGCAUCACAGGACCAUCCCCGAGUCACCGCUGAGGCAGUCGCCGUCAGCGCAGCCAGAGCUACCUGGUGCUAAUUCUCUUUCUCCGAGGCCAUCGUCUCACACACCACCUCUGAACCUGAACGUGUCAGCGACAGUGACGUCAUCGGACGACGAGUACGAAGAUUCGGUGAACCAAGAGGACUCGAUAGUAGACGUAGAAGACUUGCAGAACGGGACUCAGAGUGAAGAUGAGGAGAGGCCGUCAGCGAACGAGAAGGGGCGGCUAGUGAGGCCGACGGCGUUCAACGCGCUGGCGGCGGCGGCGGUGGCGUACCACGGCCUGGGCUGGGCCGGCCCGCCGCCCGUCGUGCCCUCCUUCGGAUCUCUCUUCCAGUCACAUUUCCCCUUAGGACACAUAACAGAUGCGAACGGCGAGCCAGCCAAGUUGAAGUGCAACCUACGCAAACACAAGCCGAACAGGAAGCCGCGCACGCCCUUCACCGCGCAGCAGCUUCGAGCCCUUGAGACCAAGUUCGUAGACAAACAGUACCUGAGCAUCGCUGAGCGCGCCGAGUUCUCCGCCUCGCUUGGACUCUCGGAAACUCAGGUGAAAAUAUGGUUUCAAAACCGUCGCGCGAAAGCCAAGCGGGUGCAGGAGGCGGAGAUAGAGAAGCUCAAAAUGGCGCAAUUUUCCCGCCAUCCGCACGCGCUGUACCCCCACCCGGCGCUGCAGCAAUAUUUCCACCCCCACCACCUAAUGGGGGGUGGGAGGCCGAUGCCCCACAUGGGUUUGCCGCCUCAUCUCAGCAUGGUCCAACCACCUGUGUCCGGGACCCCUUCACCUAGCACGCAGACUAAUCAACAGUGAUAGAUAAUGGCGAUAUAAAAUUGUCACGUGAAAUUUUUAUAGUCGAUGUCACUAAUGAGUACUGAACAUUUGUAUGAGUUAAAAUUUUUGGAAAGUAUUAAAUGUUGUGUAAGGUGAUUCGCGUAGUAUAGGCUAUUAUUUUGAAAAUCAAAUGUCGAGAUUUAUAUAAGUUUUGUUACUUCUAUGAAAAUAAAUUGCGUAAUGCCAAACGAUGGUAACGAUUAUGAAAUGUUUAACAAAAUUUAGAAUCGAUACGGGCUUGAUACAUCGACUCUUUAGUCUGUUUAAUGCGAGUGAGAAACGGUUCGACGAAUUGUAAAUUAUUAAUGUAAAUAUAGUUACGGGAUAUUAGUUUAAGUGGACGAUUGUAUGAUUUAUUAUUAUACACUGUGUUUUUAAAAUGCGUGGGUAUUGUAUGCGUACUAAAUGCCAAUACUACAUUUAGUACAAUAAAUUACCAAACGUAUGAAACGUUUACAUUUUAAAAACACAGAGCAUGUAACCUAAGACUAAGGUAUAUUUAAAUUUGUAUUCAAUAAUUUGCCAAAUUAUUUUCUAUUUGUACACGAAAGUACAAACCUUUAGUUUUUGCGAAAUUCAAUAGUAUGGGGAAUGUAAUAUUUUUGUACAUAAUUGCUUAAUUCUGUUAUUUUGUAAUAUACGAUUCAAUUAUUAAAAUUAUAUUUCUUUCACA